UCUUCUUCUCAACAAUCCCAGUUCCACACUGUAUUCCCAGCUUCUUUUACUUUCUCAAUUAGUUCUCAACUUCUAAUCUUUAGUACUUAAAACAGCUCAAAAAUUCAUCAUGGCUUCUUUAGUUUCCACACAGCUAUUACUACAGCUAGUUCUUGUAUUCUCUUUCUUCCAUUUCAACCUGGCAGCAAGGAGACUCGCUGAUUCAGCUGAAACCCAACAACCUUUACUCUUCCAAUACCAUAAUGGUCCUCUUCUCACUGGAAAAAUCUCCAUUAAUCUCAUCUGGUAUGGCAAAUUCAAGCCCUCACAAAGAGCUAUUAUCUCAGAUUUCAUUGCCUCUCUUUCUUCUUCCACACCCACAAAAGCUCAACCAUCUGUUGCCACCUGGUGGAAAACCACAGAUAAAUACUACCACCUAGUCAACUCUAAGAAGCCCUCCACUCUUGGUCUCUCAAUGGGUACACAGAUCAUUGAUGAGACUUACUCCAUAGGCAAAUCACUCUCGAAUCAGCAAAUAGAACAGUUGGCAUCAAAGGGUGUCCAGAAAAAUGCUAUCAACGUGGUUUUGACAUCAAAUGAUGUGGCAGUUGAAGGCUUUUGUAUGAGCAAGUGUGGAACCCAUGGAUCUCUAAAGGGUGCAUCUGUUCAAGGCAAAAGCUACAAGUUUGCUUACAUUUGGGUUGGCAAUUCGGAGACUCAAUGCCCAGGCCAAUGCGCGUGGCCAUUCCACCAGCCCAUCUAUGGACCCCAGAGCCCACCCCUGGUUGCACCCAACAACGAUGUGGGUCUGGAUGGUAUGGUCAUCAACCUGGCUAGUCUCUUAGCUGGUACAACUACCAACCCAUUUGGAAAUGGCUACUUCCAAGGACCAAAGGAUGCACCAUUAGAGGCUGCAUCGGCUUGUCCCGGUGUGUUCGGCAAGGGGGCUUACCCUGGUUAUGCUGGGGACCUUUUGGUGGAGCCUGCAACUGGUGCUAGCUAUAAUGCAAAUGGUGCAAAUGGAAGGAAGUACUUACUUCCAGCCCUCUUUGAUCCAUCAACCCAAACAUGUUCAACUCUAGUCUGAGGAAUGAACGUAAUAUGUGCCCGCAAGUUAAUGUAUAGUGUGUUAGUGCAGUAUAUUAGACAGCAGACUCAAGAAUGAGAUUAAUUCUUUGAUUCAUUUAUCAAUUGUAUCAUGGUUAAAUAAUGAAAAUUCUAUAGCCUCUAUCUUUUAUAUCA